CGCACCGCCAGCAACACGGGCUCGAGCCAUAGCAUCAUCCUUCACUCGCGUCGAGCGUAACUCAUCGAGCCAGCAUAGGCUGAGCAGCAAGACACCUUGAGCCGGCGACGACCAUGGGCGGCGGGCACGACGGCGGCGUGAAGGGGUUCGUGUCCAACCUCGUCCACGGCGGGAAGGGCCACGGCCACGGCUACGAGCACGGCUACGGCCACGGCCACGGCCACGGCCACGAGCACGGCUACGGCCACGGCGCCCACGGGUACCCUCCUCCGGCCGCCGGCGCCUACCCUCCGCCGCACGGCGCCUACCCGCCGGCCGCCUACCCCGCGCACUCCGCGCAAUACGGGCACAUGGGGUCGUACCACACCGGCCACGGCGGCGGGCACCACGGCGGCUACGGCGGCAAGCACAAGGGCGGCAUGUUCGGCGGCGGCAAGUACAGGAAGUGGAAGUAGAGCGGCCGGCCGGUCGGCGCGGCAUGCCUCUACGUACGUCGUCGUAUCCGUGCCGUAGCCCGUAGCUAAUAACCGUGCACACUCCAUGCGGUACACGUAUACGUAUACGUAUAUAAAAUAAAGUGCAAGCGGGCAGGCAGGCACGAGCCGUACGUGCGGGCAGGUGCUUAUGGGUAUGGUCGUGUGUUCUUGUAACGUGUGCUCGGGUUGUUGUGUACGCCAGUCGUAUGUACAGGCCGAGUGUAAUACAGCUUGUAUAAGUAUGUCAAUACUCUGCUGCGAGUCUACUAGAUUCGACUUUCUCC